GUCAUUUCACACUCACAUUUUAGGGUUAAUAGGGAGGAAGGUUUCCUUUUCAUCUAUGCUUCUUUAAAACUGCCGUUUUGGUGAGAAAUAUCUUCGCGGGAUCACUCGGCCUCCGUCAAUCAUUUUAAUAAAGGCUUUUCCAGCACUUUUGACGGCUCCCCACCCCCAUCCCACAGCGGGUAAACUGAACCCGCCUCCCCACCCCCCCGCGUAGCUUCCGCCUCCUCUCAGCAAUCUGACGUCCACACCGCCGUUGUUGUAGCCAUUUUACUGUCGUUCGUCGACACAGCUGCAGUCGGGGAGUGCCGAGACAGCGCUGGUGAAAGAUCUCGAUGUUGGAACUACCUAGAACCAACGAAUCGGUGCUCCCUGCUGGUGCACACGCUCAGCCAACAGACGGGCGGCCCGCGCGGGCUGCCGUGGACGAGUGGGGUCUGCUGCUGCGGCGAGUGGGCUGGGAGGGUGCGUACACCAGAUUUUAGCAUACAGGUUUACAAAAUGUCUGACGCACCACAAGGCUCCCUGGUCAGCCGGCCUCUGGCCUUCACAAAUGAAGAGCGAAGAGCUGUUCACUCCUGGUCCCGGAUCUCGUCAGCUGGCCUCAGCGUCCUCCUGGACACUCAGAAAGUUCUCAGCCCAAUGUCCCGAGAUCUCUCCAGCACAGAGGAGCUGGUGACAUUUCUACAGGAGCUGUGCGAGGAAGGCCACAGGCCCAUCGUGCUGAGAAGUAAGGAAGUCUAUGGUUACCGCUCCUACACAAGCCAACCCCUGACUGAAGACAUGCUGAAGCUAGUCAGCAAGAAUGUGAACCGGCCUGCAGCCAAGAAAAGGAAGAGGAAGCCUAUGGUCAAAAAGAGGGAGGUUCACCCGUCUUGGAUCUCGUCUGAUAGGAGCAACCCUCGGAUUCAAGGGAUCCGGCCGGCAGAAGUUUUGGUGGACCAUCGCAUGGUUGUCGGCAGCAGGACGGCCGGUCAAACGGUGGAGAUGUCGCUGCUGGACAUCCAGCCAUGCCUCAGACUGACGAGCAUAGAAGGUUUGUCUGGUUUUCACACAGCCAGACUGCAAAUCCACUCAAUCAGAGACCCGUCCUCCGAGAUGCAAACUGUUUCCAUUUCAUCACAGCAGCAGCACUCCCCAGCUCUUUCAGGAAUACCCUCUCAGCCUUCCCAGAACGGAGGUGGGGCGUCUACCAAAGCCGUGGCCUUGUUUAGUCAGAAGAACCUGUCUUGCCCUAUUCGUUUGGACGGCGCCCUCAUCGGAGAUUCCGCUCCCGUCUUUAACCCCAACGGCCGGGUAUUCCCACAGACUCACACAGAGCUGACCAGCAAUGGCUGGAGGGGAAACGGCGUUCACAGAGAUGUUCAGGGCUUCAAGGAACAUCCUGCUGGGAGGAGGAAUAGCUGGAAGGACAAAAAACAUUUUAUUCGAAGAGUAAUAAAAGUGGACGAGUCUCGGUCGGUGGCUGAGGCCCGUCAGAAAGCGCAGAAGAUACUGCAGGUCAACCUUUCCCCUGUGAUACAGAUCCAACCGCUCAACCACGUUCUCAGAGACUUCCGACUCCAGAGAAAGUGACUAUACCCUCCUCCGUAACUCCUUCCACAGAUGUUAUUUUACUUUCAUCAGCCCCGCCUGCCGACUUUCUUGUGUUUGUAGCAGAUACAUGACACUGAUUCCUGUGAUGUUGAGAGAUGUUUGCAGAAGCUUCUGGUAAUGUAAGGCAUCUGAAGUUAGGGUGGUGCUUUUCCUAGCAGGCUGGGAAGUGACUGAGGUGAAUGCUGGUACAUUUCAACCGUCAGCCUUAGAUCAUCCGGCGCUGACAGUCAACCAAACACGAAUUAGCCUUCCGAACCAGACCCAACAUUGAAAGAAAGAAGCUUGAGCAAGUCAUGAUAACAAAUUCAAGUCCAAUUUUAUAGACUGAAAUGUUUAUUUUUUUUCUUUCUGUAACAGUUGUAGUGCCUCAAAACGACAGUAUGGUGCUAUGGCACCACACUUUACACCUGGAACAAAAGACACAUUUGUAUUUCAGUUCCUAGUGAUUUUAGAGGAGAGAGAAGACGGGUGUUCUUGGUCUUCCUUAUGGUCAUUGCCACCUGAGAGGCUCAGUCCGGGCACAGGCGUAGGGUUCACUGCGAGGAAAAUGCCUGAAAAUUUCUCCCUUGGAAAAAAAAAACCCUUUAUGAUAGCAAAUGUGUCAUUAUUGCAAGACUUGAGGCACAGUUAUUAUUGGAAAAAGCUGUUUCAAAAUAGUAUCCAAGCCUUGUUCCAACUCAAAAUUCAGAAUGUAGUCUAAAAUCUUUAAAAUUGUUUUGUAGAAUUUUAAUUUUCUGAAAUUUUUUCCACGAUAAUAAAGUUGUUUUUUGGUUUCAGUUAUGCUAGUAUUCGGCCUCUGUUUAUCAGAUUGUUUUCUGAUCAGAAAGAUGUAUUUCACAGUUCCAAGAGGUUGCUGUUAAAUCUGUGGCUGCUAAUCUGUUUCUUGAGCCGUUUGAUCGGAAACUCUAGAGUGGGAGUAUGGUUCACAUCCCAGCAUUACCUUGAGCUCUGUUGAACUGAACUGUCAAACACUAAAGAAAAACAGACCUGUCGUUUCUAGAACUCCUCAACGUGGUUUUACUGUUACAGCCCACCUGAAAAUCUGAAGAUGGUUUGCACUUUGACAGUUCGGUGUUGAUGGUCUGUUAAAAGGACAUGUUGAAUUUUGGUUCCUUUCAGGAGAUUAGCACUGCAGGUGCUUUCGUUUUCACGCUGGUGCUGGCACAGACGGCGUCUUCUGCUGCCUCGUACGUUUGUUUAGACUGAUGCAUUUCAACAAAUCCCUGUUGGGAAGUGACGCCACGAGCACACCGGACCGCCACGUGUGCUCUCCGAAGUGUUAAUACUGUGAGAAACCACCCGGAUCCUUCAGUUCAUAAUCCUCAGUGUAUUUUGCAUUACAAAUUCACAUUCCUCAAUAAAGUUUUGAUUUUCAGAGCUAAUAUUUGGAAACAAAUCUGUAUGUAAUGUAAUGUAUUAGUCUUUAUUUAAACUUUUAUUUAAAUUCUCAAUCUUGAACAAUGACAUCAAACCUGCAAUUGACUUCAAUUCGAUCCGUUUUAUGAAUAAUAUCAAAAACUAGCGGUGGUUCCGAUAGACGGAGGAGUUUUCUUUGAGAAACCUGUUGCCUUUCUCAAGCUCAGACCAAGUUGGCGACCACAUCCACGUAUUUCACGUCUUCUCGAUUAUUUUCAUUAUUGCAGCCACUUGUGUCAUUUUUUUCCUUAUCUAUUCUGUUAGACUUUUUGUAAUAUAAUGUAUUUCCUACACAACCUUUGUAAAUGUUUUUGUUCAAUAAAAACAAAAAGGACUUCUAAAUAUC